AACUCCAUCUUCAAUGACUUGGCCAGAACCUGCUGCCAGCCUGAAGGAGGUGGGGGACUGUACAAGUCAAAGAUCCCUCAGGCCCAUAACCAGGUCAGUGUCAAGGUUGCUCUCAAGGACACUGAGAUGAAAACAGCAGAAGAGCCAACCCCAAAUCUUGGGCAGACCCUGGCGUGGCUGAGAAAGGAGCUGUCUGAGAUGCAGAUCCAAGACCAGAGGCUCCUGCUCACACUGAGGCAUCUUCACAGCGUCCUGCAGGAGCUGCGCGCUGACAGUGCCCACUGGGAGGAUGCCAGGUCCAGCGGAGGGACCUCCCCCAUCAGGGCUCGAGCAGGCUCUGAAGGCAGGGGCUGCCAGCACGUUUCCUCAAGGGGGCUGGCCCAGCUCCUCCGAGGGGAAGACACCAGACGAAGCUCCCUCCCUUAACUGGCUGAAAGUGGCACUGGGCUCAAACCCUCUUACUACUAGUCUAACCUUUGAGUGUGAUGUUUUCGGAGGAGAGCACCAGAAAGCCAGGGCUCUGCGUUCACCUCUGCCCUCAUCUGCUG